UCAGCGGUCGUAUACAGGCAUUUACAGGCAUCAAUCUCUCGUGCCGUAAGGAUCCGAGUCAAGGAUAGCGAAACUCGUGGAGUCAGUCUGGUCAGUCAUCCCUGCAGAAUUGCAGACAUGUAAAACUUAUUUCUUUGUGCGCGUAGAAAAGGAAAAAGAAGAGAGUGACAAAUCAACAGCCCGUAUACACAUACAACCACCGAAAGAGGAAGAAAGUAUAGAUAUAGAUAGAAGAGGAAGCGAAAGCGCGUGCAAAAGUUCGAUUUCCAUCGCUGCAGAAGAAGGGUUGUUUGCUUGCAGAUAUAUAAUUUUCAUUGCAGACGUGUGUUUGCUGAGCUACAGCGGAUGGCGUCAGUGAUAUUUGACGCAGAGUUUUUGUUGAUUCGUGCAACCGGGGGUAGAUGCGCAGAGUGAUUAAUGUGCAGUUAAAAUGGAGAAUUAUACGAUGGACCAAUUUUGCGGCUCCAAGUUUUGGGACGCAAACUUGUCGUGGUACACCGACAAUCCAGAUCUGACAGAAUGUUUUCAGAAAACAGUUCUCAUAUGGGUACCAUGUAUUUUCUUAUGGAUAUGUUCAUCCUUCGAAGCUUACUACCUUGUCAACAGCAAGAGAAAAAAUAUUCCACUUACAUGGCUGUUUAUCUCAAAAUAUAUUAUCACAGUUGCAUUAAUUUUACUCACAGUUUUGGAUUUGGGUAAAACUAUAAGAAACUGGGUAUUAGACAACAUAGUCUAUGAUGUAGAUUUUUUAACUCCUUGUAUAAAAAUACUAACUUUUAUUCUAUGUCUUGUAUUAUUAAUUUAUAACAAAAAGUAUGGUAUGAGAACCUCAGGAUUAUUGUGGAUGUUUUGGUGCCUUCUUGCAAUUUGUGGCAUUGUACAAUAUCGAAGUUUAUUGACAAAAUCGUACAACGAGAUUGGGUCAUUGUACGAAUAUGUAUCAUACAAUAUAUACUAUCCAUUAGUGGUAAUGAUGUUCCUACUCAACUUUUUAGUAGAUGCAGAGCCGAAAUAUUCAGAAUAUCCACGUGUAAAAACACCAUGUCCAGAGCAGAGUGCUUCUUUUCCAUCGCGCCUCACUUUUGGGUGGUUCAAUUCGUUAGCUUGGAAAGGGUUUAAAAAUCCUUUACAAACAUCUGAUUUGUGGUCCAUGAACCCCAAUGAUAUGGCUAAAGAAAUUGUACCUUUAUUUGACAAACAUUGGAACAAAAGUCUCAGCAAAGUAGACAAACAAUUUUGGAACUCUUAUAACUAUUCUAGUUCACAAGGAGCAAACGCCGUGUUUAGUAAAUCAUCGGGUCGAGUUGAUUUUAGCAGUGGCAAGAAGAAAAAAACGGCUUCAGUUUUACCACCGUUGUGCAAAGCAUUUGGACCCAUUUUUAUGUUUGGUGUCAUGUUGAAAGUCGUACAAGAUAUCAUGACCUUUUUGAGUCCACAAAUAUUGAAGUUACUUAUACAAUUCACGAAAUCAAAAGAUGAACCAUUGUGGAAGGGUUACCUUUAUGCGGUGUUACUUUUUUUUACCGCAAUAAUUCAAACUUUGGUAUUGGCACAGUACUUUCAUCGAAUGUUGUUGGUUGGUUUACGCAUGAGAACGGCCCUCAUAGCAGCAAUUUACAGAAAAGCCUUGAGAAUGUCUAACUCGGCAAGGAAAGAAUCGACUGUCGGGGAAAUUGUCAAUUUGAUGUCUGUAGAUGCGCAAAGAUUUAUGGAUGUGACUACGUACAUAAAUAUGAUUUGGUCUGCGCCACUUCAGAUUAUUUUGGCCUUGUACUUUUUGUGGGGCAUCUUAGGACCAUCUGUUUUAUCUGGCUUAGCAGUUAUGAUAAUUUUAAUCCCUGUAAAUGCAUUACUUGCUGGCAAAGUAAGGAACUUGCAAAUCAAACAGAUGAAAAAUAAAGAUGAUAGGGUCAAGUUAAUGAAUGAAGUGUUGAGCGGUAUCAAAGUUUUGAAAUUGUACGCUUGGGAACCUUCAUUUGAGGAACAAAUUUUAAAAAUUAGAAAUAAAGAAAUUAAAGUACUAAAACAGGCGGCUUACAUCAGCGCAGGAACUAGUUUUAUAUGGUCUUGUGCCCCAUUCAUGGUAUCCUUAGUGUCGUUUGCAACAUUUGUGUUGAUAGACGAAAAAAAUGUUUUGGAUAGUGAAACAGCCUUCGUAUCCUUGAGUUUAUUCAACAUUUUAAGGUUCCCAUUGUCCAUGUUACCAAUGAUGGUCAGCUACGUAGUUCAAGCAUCAGUAUCUGUAAAACGUAUAAACAAGUUUAUGAAUUCUGAAGAGUUAGAUCCAAAUAAUGUACAGCAUGAAACGUCAGAAGUUAACCCAAUAGUUAUCGAAAACGGUAAUUUUGCUUGGGAUUCAGAACACAUAGAGAAGCCGAUGUUGCGAAACAUCAAUUUACAAAUCAAACAAGGUCAAUUAGUUGCCAUUGUGGGAAGUGUUGGUUCGGGUAAAAGCUCUUUAAUAUCGGCCAUGCUUGGUGAAAUGGAAAAACUGAGUGGCAAAGUAAAUACGAAGGGCAAAAUUGCCUACGUAUCUCAACAAGCUUGGAUACAGAAUGCUACUCUGCAAGACAAUAUUCUGUUUGGCUCGCCUUUCAAUAAAGCUUUGUAUCAUCGCGUUGUGGAAGCGUGUGCUUUAACUCCAGAUUUUAAAAUGUUACCGGCUGGUGAUCAGACUGAAAUUGGUGAAAAGGGUAUAAAUUUAUCUGGAGGACAGAAGCAAAGAGUUUCACUAGCAAGAGCUGUGUACAACAAUGCCGACAUCUAUUUCCUCGACGAUCCUCUUAGUGCUGUUGAUUCACACGUAGGAAAACAUAUUUUUGAAAAUUUAAUCGGAUCGCGUGGUUUGAUAAAGAAAAAAACCAGAAUUCUUGUGACUCACGGCAUUACGUACUUGCCUGAAGUAGAUCACAUCAUCGUGUUAAAGGAUGGAGAAAUCAGCGAAAGUGGAACUUAUAAAGAACUUUUAGAUAAACGCGGAUCCUUUGCCGAUUUCUUAGUGCAACAUUUACAAGAAGUUGGAAAUUUAAAGCCCGACGAAGAAAGUAGUGAAGACUUGAUGGAAAUCAAGCAAAAACUAGAAAAUACUAUUGGAAGUGAAGAGUUACAACAAAAAAUUUCUCAAGCUAGAACAAGAGCUUCUGUUAGUAUAAGUGAUUCAACAUCCAUAGCGGAUAAAAAGUCUUUAAAUGGAUCUCUGCAUAGAAAACCCUCUACAGACAGUCAACAGUCUGGGAGCUUGGUACAAAGUAAUAAUGUAAAGGAAAUUAAUCAAAAUCAGUACAAAACUGGAGAGAAAUUAAUAGAGACUGAAAAGGCUGAAACUGGCAGUGUUAAAUGGACAGUAUAUUCCCACUAUCUACAAUCGAUAGGAUGGUUUUUGGCUGUGUCUACUAUUAUUAUGAAUGCAGUUUUUCAGUCAUUUAGUAUCAGUGCAAAUCUGUGGCUGAGUGCAUGGUCUAGUGACAACGAGACAGUUGUCAAUGGUACAGCUAAUACAUAUAAGCAAAAUAUGUACCUUGGUGUGUAUGGUGCAUUCGGUUUGGGACAAGCGAUGACGAGCUUUUUCUGUGAUUUGGCUCCGCAGCUGGGCUGCUGGCUGGCCGCACGUCAGAUGCACAACGUGAUGAUGCGCGGGGUACUGCGCGCCCCGCUCACCUUUUUCGACACGACACCCAUCGGUCGUAUUAUCUCCAGGUUCGCUAAGGACGUCGAUGUCCUGGACACGUCUCUCCCCCAACAAAUUUCCGAUACCAUCUAUUGUUCAUACGAGGUGAUCGCGACCCUCGUCGUCAUAAGUUACAGCACGCCCAUGUUCAUAUCCGUGAUAGUGCCUAUUGGUCUAGUCUACUACUUCAUCCAGCGCUUCUACGUCGCGACGUCGCGCCAAUUGAAGAGGCUCGAGUCGGUCUCGAGGUCGCCGAUUUACUCGCACUUUGGCGAGUCCGUCACCGGGGCUCAGAUCAUUCGGGCCUACGGAGUCCAGGACAGAUUCGUCAACGAGUCCGAGAGCAGGGUUGACUUCAACCAAGUUUGCUACUACCCGAGCAUCAUUGCAAACAGGUGGCUGGCUGUGAGACUAGAAAUGGUGGGGAACCUGAUAAUCUUCUUCUCCGCGCUCUUUGCCGUGCUCGACAAGGACACGAUGAGCGCCGGCCUCGUCGGUCUCUCGAUUAGUUAUGCCCUGCAAAUAACGCAAACGCUCAACUGGCUGGUACGUAUGACGUCGGAUGUCGAGACAAACAUAGUCGCCGUUGAGAGGAUAAAGGAGUACAGUGAGACGUCCCAGGAGGCGCCCUGGGAGAUACCCGAUCAGGACCCACCGAAGGAUUGGCCUAUGCGCGGUAGCGUCGAGUUCCACGAUUACAAGGUCCGCUAUAGAGAUGGCCUCGAUCUGGUGCUCAAUGGACUGAGCUUCAGCGUCGAUGGAGGCGAGAAGAUUGGCAUAGUUGGUAGAACCGGGGCUGGAAAGUCCUCGCUCACGCUCGCCCUUUUCCGUAUCAUUGAAGCCGCGUACGGUAAAAUCGUCAUCGAUGAGGUCGACAUAUCAAAGCUGGGACUGCACACCCUGAGAUCGAGGCUGACAAUCAUACCCCAGGACCCGGUGCUCUUCUCCGGCAGUCUGAGGCUCAAUCUCGAUCCGUUCAACAAGUGCUCGGACGACGAUAUUUGGAGGGCCCUGGAGCAUGCCCAUCUCAAGGAUUUUGUCAAAGGUUUGCCAAAUACUUUGACGCAUGAGGUGACCGAAGGUGGAGACAACUUGAGUGUCGGUCAGAGGCAAUUAAUGUGUCUAGCAAGAGCGUUGCUGAGGAAAACUAAAGUCUUGAUUUUGGACGAAGCGACUGCGGCCGUAGAUCUAGAAACCGACGACCUCAUCCAAAGGACAAUCCGAGAAGAGUUUAAAGAUUGCACUGUUCUUACCAUAGCUCAUAGGCUUAACACCAUUCUUGAUUCAGAUAGGGUCAUUGUCUUAGAUAAGGGCUCAAUUAUCGAAUUCGAUUCGCCCGAUAAUUUGCUGCAAAAACAAGACAGCGCUUUCUACAGCAUGGCUAAGGAUGCAGGCUUAACUUUAUCAUAAGAGCGUACCCAUAUAAGUAUAUUGUCAAUUAAAAUAUUAAAAACCAAAGCUUGCCCGGGAACUUCCCCAAGGUAGCCAAAAUGUUGUAUAUUAUCUGAUUCUAUUUCAUUCUGCCGAAUUAUUAAUUAUCAAUCAAAAAAAAGAGCUGGUUAAAAAAUAGGUUUGCUUGUAAUAUACGUAGGCAAAAUUAAAUCAAGUCACUUUUAAUACUGCCAAUUUAAACACGUUGUAAUAUCGUUACAUUGAUGCGAAUCUUGAUGAAUUCCAUAUCUAAGGAUAGAUCAUCUAAUUAAUCAAUCGAUAUUACAUAACUAUUUUAGUUUUAUAACUCAAGUUGAACCUUUUCAAAUGUCUAAUUAGAUUAAUUUUUAAUUAAAAUUAAUUAUUAUAAGUUGGAAUUCAUAAAAUAGUUUUACGGUAGUAGUAUUA